AUGUCAGCUCAACAGUACGAAGAGGAGGAGGACUAUGGGCCACGCUCCGGACCCUCUUGCUUGAAUGGGGAGAAGGAACCUCAGCUUCUGGAGGGACAAGCACCGAGUUAUCACCCCGCCCCGAGGUACAGCCAUGACCAGGAGCUGCGAGAUGUGGGCCUGAGAUGCGCGACUCGUGAGUUUAGCAUAUGGGAUUUGGAUUUUCGCCUCUUCCCUGCUUAUAAACCUCCCAUGGACGUUUUGUAUUAUUUUACAUUGUUUGAACUGAGUUGUCGAGAAUUGGGAGUUCCCCCAAGAUUGUAUAUGAUCAUUCUGAGAGCCCUAGUCAGUGGAGAACUGGCUGAUUUAAUGGGACAGGUAUCCUUAUCAUAUGCUAUGGACUAUGAACAUUAUAAGCACCUUGCUUUGCAAAGAUAUGGUCAGAGGGCUGAGAGCUAUAGGCAGGCUUUCCGAAAGGUUGAUAAAGCUGCCUCAGCUGAAAGCCUGACCCUCGUUGCUGCUAAAAUGGCACAGAAUUUUGAAUUGUGGAUGUCUGCAGCGGAUGUAACUACCUUUGAAGGGUUGAAACAAUUGAUGCUCAAAGAACAGUUUAACCGCCUUUUGCCUGCGGAAUUGGCAAGCUUGGUUGCGGACCAAAGCCCUGCUACUAUUGAGCAAGCCGUACAGUUUGCUGAGACUUUUAGGCUCAACAGGUCUCAUCUGGGAAACAAAAGCCAGCCGGUUGGGAAUCGACUGAAGGCUCUGGGAUCGAAAGGGAGGUCUGCCUUUCAGCCCAAGGAACCAUGGAAAAGUAUCCCUGCUGUUUCGGAAGAUCUUGGGUCUUCCGCUGCGUUGAGGGAUUUGUGAUUGUUUGAAGCUGAGCAGAUAUCUGAUCCCUCCUUGCAAGCUUGCUGGGAUGCUGUGGAGAGUCCUCCCCAAGGAAAGAGGCAAGUCCACUUCUUGCAUGAAAAGGGGCUCUUGUACAGACAGUUCUGGCCAAAGAAGAUCAAAGACAAAGACGUUGUUUUGCAGCUGGUGGUUCCUGGGUCAAGGCAACCUAAGAUACUGGACUUAGCCCAUCAUGAUGGUCUGGCAGGCCACUUGGGGGUACAGAAGACCCUGGAACGCAUCAGCCGGUACUUUUACUGGCCUGAUGUGCACCAAAGUGUAAAUAACUUUGUACGCUCUUGUGUUGUGUGUCAAAAAAUAGGGAAUGAUAAAGACAGCAUGCCUAAUACCUUACAGAGUGUACCUCUUGAAUCAAAUGUUUUGGAAAAAUGGGGAAUAGACUUGGUGGGCCCCCUGCAGAAAACCCGUGCUGGGAAGCAGUAUGUUUGUGUAAUAAUUGAUUAUGCCUCUAGAUAUGUUUGGGCUACAAGCUUGCCCAAUACUUCUGCCCAAAAUCUUGCGAAAGCUUUGGUUUUGGCCUUUGGUUCUUUGGGGAUACCUAAGGUUCUAGUGAGUGACCUGGGAACCAAUGUAUUGGCUGAGCUAACUCAGAAGGUUUUGCAGCUGGCAAAGGUCCACCAUCACACUAGUAUUGCAUAUCAGCACCAGGGAAAUGGGCUUAUAAAAAGAGUUCAGAAAACUCUUGUGCAGAUGUUGCGGAAGUGUGGCCUGGCCCAUGGGUCUAGCUGGGAUCAAGAUCUGCCUUUAGUUGUGUCUGCUUACAAUGAUGCUUAUCAAAGGAGUCUAGGGUUUGCGUCCAACCAAUUGAUUUUUGGUCGACUCUUGAAUACUCCUCUGUCCAUGCUCCGGAGGGAGUGGGAGGGGUCGGAGGAGGAGAUUAAGGUACCUUCUGUGUCUGAGUAUUUUGCUAACCUGAGGCAGACGUUGUCUGACAUCUGGCAACUUGCCAAGGAGAAUUUGGAGGGCGCUCGGUUGGAACAGAAACGUUGUUAUGAUCUGAAGGCGGUGGCAAAAAGUUUUGAAGUGGGAGAUCAGGUUUUAGUGUGGAAACCCACCCGACCCCACAAACUGGUAGUCAAAUGGCAUGGGCCUGGGAUAGUGAAGGCCAAGUUGAGCUCUGUGCGCUAUCUGGUGGAAUGCCAGGAGCUGCAUGAUGGAUCAAGAGAAUAUCAUGCCAAUUCUUUGAAAAGGUACCUUGAAUCUGAGCUUUCUGUGUUGUCCAUCUCUGGAGGUCGAGAGGAGGUGCCUACAGCCCCUAAAGACCUCUUGGAGGAAUAA